AUGAGGGCAGCCGCCUUUGCCACGUCAGCUCUUCCCCUGGGAAACUCGACAUGGCUGUCUCGCCACACCCCACGCCGCUCAAGAACUUCUCCACGUAGCCCCGACCAUGUUUGCUGUCUCAUACCGCCUCAAGUCCCUUCUGCUCGCACCUCACAAAUUUCAGCUGUCGAACAGCGCUUUCGCGUCUUGGGUGCCGACGCGGCGGCAGACCUCGCCUAUGUUUCACUUUCAACUGGCACGGCAACCGUCGAGCUUGCUUCCCCGACGUGGUCAAUGCUCAUGGAUACGCUCGCAUCUCAUGAUAUCAAUGGUUCCGUUCUGUCUUGCAUUGCGGAGCGGUUAGGCGUCCCAGAAUUGCUCCGGUUGGAACCUGCUCAUGUGGUUUCUGUUCUGCAUUACUUGUCUACAUAUGUGCAAUUGGCCGAUGCGGAGCGCAACCGCGUCAUUAUUCGUCGGCCAGAUAUUUUGAAAAGUCCUGAGCAUCUGCGGAAAGCCGUUGAGGCGUUGGAGACCAGUGGCUUGCGACUGAAGGACAUUAAGACCGUGGUUCAGCGAUGGCCAGGUCUCUUGCUCUUGGAUGCGAGAAAAAUCAACCGGGUCACUGCAUUUUUACAGACACCUGCAGUCGGAUUUUCCUUGCCCAACUUGCGCUCCCUGCUGCGUAGAGCCCCGUGGGUUCUCGUCUAUGACAUCGGAUCUGAAAUGAUCCCAGCCAUUUCUUAUCUCAAGAGGGUACUGGAUUUACCGAACAGGGCGCCUGUGGAUCAGUUUAUUCGAGCGCGUCCCUUACUUCUUGGUACCUCGCCAGAUGCAAUGCAGAAGGUGACCGACUUCAUGUCGGAUGUUGUAGGCCUGACGCCUACCAUGCUCAGUGUGGCAUUGCGUUCCUUUCCCCCUCUUCUAACUUGUUCUAUCGAUGCCACUCUCGCACCCGCCGCUUCUUUCUUAUCGAAAGAUCUUUCCCUCGAACCGAACGAGCUAAAAAAGCUGGUCAGAGCAUUUCCCACUGUUUUGACGCUGGAUGUAGAAGGUGAUAUGCGGCCAGUUGUAAACUACUUUCGGCGGAAAGGUAUCAUCAACGUAGGAAGGAUCGUAAAGCGGCUCCCGCCCAUUCUUGGCUAUGAUUUGGACACGAACAUAAUUCCAAAAAUGGAGUAUAUUGAACAGGAGCUGGGAUUGUCUUCUUACGACAUUUUGACAUUUCCUGGCUACUUCUCAUAUUCUUUUGAGAAGUGCAUUGAGCCGCGAACGAAGUUUUUGCAAGCAAAGGGCCGGUCCGUUACGGAAUCCGGGUUGAACAUGGCCCUGGGAUUGAAGGAUGAAGACUUCUGUGUGCGCGUUGCAAAAGUGCCAAUAUCUCAGUAUUACGCUUUCAAAGCUGCCUUCCUGCUAGGGCGGAAAAAUGAGAAAGCUGCCGUUGAGCCUACAAAUGACGUAGUCAAGGAAUCGAGAAACUCUAACGGAGAUGAGGAAAUCGGUGAUGAGACAAUCGGUGAUGAGAGAACAACCCAAAACGCGUCUCGGAGACUAUCAAACUCCAAUGGAAAACGCAGAAAACGAAAAUUUCGUACGACACUUUCCCGGAUGCCUUGGAAAGAGUUGAAAUAG